AUGCAACCUCUUCAGAUUGUCCCCUGUCGAUUACUCUCCUGGCUGUAUAGUGGACUGAAGUCUCCAGUCUCCACCAGAACCCGGAUUUGCCCGACGAUGGCUCGACCAAGUUCAAGUAUGGCUGAUUUUCGGAAGUUCUUUGCAAAAGCAAAGCACAUAGUCAUCAUUUCGGGGGCUGGUGUUAGUGCUGAGAGUGGGGUUCCGACCUUCAGAGGAGCUGGGGGCUAUUGGAGAACAUGGCAAGCUCAGGACCUGGCCACCCCUCAGGCCUUUGCGCGAAACCCAUCCCUGGUGUGGGAGUUCUACCACUACCGGCGGGAGGUGAUGCUGAGCAAGGAACCGAACCCCGGGCACCUCGCCAUCGCUGAAUGUGAGGCCCGGCUGCGUGGGCAGGGCCGCCGGCUUGUGGUCAUCACUCAAAACAUCGAUGAGCUGCACCGCAAGGCUGGCACCAAGAACCUUCUGGAAAUCCACGGUAGCUUAUUUAAAACCCGAUGUACCUCUUGUGGAGUUGUGGUGGAGAAUUACAAGAGUCCCAUUUGUCCAGCUUUAUUGGGAAAAGGGGCUCCAGAACCUGAAGCUCAGGAUGCCAGAAUCCCAGUGGAGAAACUUCCCCGGUGUGAAGAGGCGGGGUGCGAGGGCCUGCUGCGACCCCACGUGGUGUGGUUUGGCGAAAACCUGGAUCCUGCCAUUCUGGAGGAGGUUGACAGAGAGCUGACCCUCUGUGACUUAUGUCUAGUGGUGGGAACUUCCUCCGUGGUUUAUCCUGCCGCCAUGUUUGCCCCCCAGGUGUCUGCCCGCGGAGUGCCAGUGGCCGAAUUCAACAUGGAAACCACCCCAGCCACGAACAGAUUCAGGUUUCACUUCCAGGGGCCUUGCGGUACCACUCUUCCUGAAGCCCUUGCUCCUCAUGAAACUGAAAACGUGUCUUAA